GUUGGUGGAUUUCGUAUCCCCUCCGAUCUAUUUUAUCCGCCCCCUCCUUCCGAUUCUCGUAGGCUUUCUGUCGGAGGGGAAGCGGUCGACGUGGUGGGAGUGGCUGUGGCGAGUUAGAUCAGGGAGAUGUGUUUGAGAUGUGGUGGUUUCAGCAAGGCCUGAGUAUCUUGCCUUCGGCCCUCGUAAUCUGGACAUCAGCUUCCUUUCUGCUUCCAUACAUUACUGCAGUUCUCCUGAGUCAUGUUGACCCUUUGGUGCCCUACAUCAGUGACACAGGGACAACACCUCCUGAAAGAUGUCUGUUUGGGAUAAUGUUAAACAUCGCUGCUCUUUUGGGCAUUGCCACAAUGUAUGUUCGAUACAAACAAGUCAGUGCUUUGAAUCCUGAAGAACCGAAGAUCCUCAGGUUAAAUAAAGUUGGUGUUGUGUUAGGGAUGAUUAGCUGCUUUGGGCUUUGCAUCACUGCAAACUUCCAGAAAAGCACUUUGUUUUCCAUCCAUGUAACUGGAGCGUCCCUCACUUUUGGAAUUGGAGCAAUUUACUUCUUGAUUCAGACUGUUCUGUCCUAUAAGAUGCAACCUGGAAUUCAUGGGAAGGACAUUUUUUUAAUCAGAUUGACAAUUGUGCUGUGGUGCUUUCUGAGCAUUGCUGGUAUGUUUAUUUCUUCAAUGACUUUAUACAGUGGUCUUUGUGGACCAGGUUUAGCACAGAAGUUGCACUGGAAUCCGGAGGAUAAGUGUUAUGCCAUCCACAUAGUGAGCACAGUUUCUGAAUGGUCUUUGGCAUUCUCUUUUGUCAGUUUUUUCCUUACUUAUAUCCGUGAUUUCCAGAAAAUCUCUUUGCGUACAGAAGCACUCUUGCAUGGGCACAACCUUUAUCAUACACACCAGCAGCUUCUAGCAGAUGAAGGAGUAUUAAGCACUUGAGAAGACAACACUGAAGCAAAAAUACAGAUUGGAACUAACAAUAUCCUUUAUUUGGAAUAACUCUUGGUAACCUUUGGAUCCAUCACAUCCAGAAGUGUCCUUACUUCUUUUAACUCAGGAAUUCUGACAUCUAACUUGCAACUAACAAAUGCCUGCCACCCCUGUUGUCAUCAAACAGACCUAAAGGACUGAAGAUUAGCAUCAUCAGUGAAGGUUAUAAAAAAUAUGCCCUUUCUAUAUGAAAAUAUACUAUUAAUGGAAGAAUGUGAACUUUAUUAUUAUGAAAAUUAUUUAUGUGGUAAGAGCUUUUGAUUAACCCAGAGAGUUGUGCAAUAUUAAUGUGAUUGAAAAUUGCCGAUACUAUAUUUCUUUUUAGAUGUUUAUAGACUGAAUAAUGAACAUGGAGAUUAAAGUUUGCUAGUCAAAAUCCAUGAAUUUUUUACACACAGGAAAAGUGGGUCCAAAUGAUGUCUAUGUAAUCAAUUAAUAUACCAAUACCUAAAGAAUUCUGUUAAGAAUCUCACCAGUUUCUGUGGAACAAAAUAACAAUCUCUGCAUGAAACAAAAUUGACAGCUAAUUUUGUGCAGUGAGCACCAUUAUGUUAUAAUCUACAACUAGUUCCUGCCAGUUUUAUUGAAAUCAUUGCCCCAGUGCAGGGUUCUAAUAUCAAUAGUGCAGGGAGCUGGCAGAAGUGGUAAAAAUAGAGUUGAGAUUUUAAGUACCCGUACAUUACACGGUGCUUAAAUUUUACACAGCAUUCUUCAAAUGCCUAGAAUAUGCACUGGAACAUUUACCACUUGAAGUUCAUUAUGUCACUUAACUGGCAGAUUGAUGAGAGAGCCCUGCAAAAGCCUUUAACUGUGUGGACCACAACAAAUUAUGGCAAGUCCUUAAAGAAAUGGGAGUGCCUGACCAUC